AACCACUAAAGGGGAGAGUAACUGUAAAUUAGCAAGACAAUCUCUCUCUUCGGGUGUUUUUAUUUUUAUUUAUUUAUUCAUUUAUGUAAAUAGUUAUUUAUUUAGCUUGCUCGAUGGAAGCGGACACGUUUCGAUUUCAGCCUCAGCUAGCUCACUCUUGGGUUUGCAUUCAGCGGGGUCGAGCUUGUGUGUGGUCACGAGCAGUGCACAAUAUUUUUCGGUUGCGUGAGGUACUUUCCAGUGUAGCGCAAAGCUCGAAGACGGCAAAUUGCGUAUCUGGAAGCUUAACACAUUCAGACCCACUAAGCAAGGACCUGUCAGAGCAACGCACUGUUACACACCCACCUAGACAGGAUACCAUUUUAACUGGGCUGCGAGGGACAGUGACGUGAUUUGAGAGUUCUGCGGUACGAUUAACGGAAUUUGGGAGUUUUGUAAUGAAUUCCGUUGUUUUAUGUUGGAAUUUGGCAUCAUGACAGAAGGAGCCACAGCAAUGCAGGUUUCAGUGGACAGAUGGAAGGCAGCCAUCAUCUGCACUUUUGUGGAAAUGUGUCGUACAAGAUCUCAGAAAGUUCCUGCUGUAAUGGUAAUGUAACUAACGGAUUAAGCCAGCUGGUGGCUGACUGCUGUGAUUCUGUAGCUUACAAUCCCCUUAAUGAGAUUUGCUGUGAUGGCAGGAUUCUGACUAGAAGCAGCACUCACGCAAAAUGCUGUGGCAAAGUCAUGUACCUGACAACGACUCAUUUGUGUUGUGGUGGCAACAACAUAUUUCAAUGGAAGGAAAAUCAUUUUUGUUGUGGCAAGGAAACGUAUGACAUGACAACCCACUGCUGCUGUACUAACCUUACACUAGAAGUAAAGCCAAAAAAUGAAACUUGCUGUCCAAAAGUAACAGGCACUGAUAAAAGAACAGGAUGCCAGCAAGGCUCUCUUCCCACCCGACUGAAAAUCUCAAGCACACUCUCCAAAAACUUAGAAUCAAAGUGUGGAUCAAAACCCUACAAUCCCAAGAACAAAAUUUGUUGCUCAGGGAAUCUGUAUAAGAAGGCUUCAGCACUUACUAAGUGCUGUGGCAAAGAUGUUUACACUCUGUCAGAUGACAAUGUGCUAUGCUGUAAUGGAAUCCUUCAUCUCAAUGUGCCUGAGCAGUCAGAGUGUGUUGGAGGUGUUAUAUAUGCUCCCCCAAACACUAUUUGCCAAAUGUCUGCUCGUCCCCGUCUUGGUGAGCACUGCUGUGGAGGACAAACCUUCAAUCCUCGCACACAUAUUUGCUGUAACGGACACAGUCACAACAAGAUGAAUGGCAAUUACUGUUGUGGUUCAGAAGUCUAUGACCACCACAACCAGUUGUUGAGAUGCUGCUCAGGUCAUCUCUACAACCUAACACGUUUAAGUGGGGAAGCAGAGUGCUGUGGAAACCAUCUGCUGGAAUAUAAUAACAAUCAAAUUUGUUGUUCCUCCUCAACCAAUGCUAUAAUUUAUGACACCAAACCAAACCACCGUUGCUGUGGGCAUUACUACUACAACACAUCCCUGUGGAGCUGCUGUGCUGAACAUCUCAAACCAACACCAAAGCCUGACAGCUCUCCUGCAGAAUACAGGCUUAAACCACUAAUGGACCUGAUCCCUGAAAUGUGCAAUAAAACAGUGUUCUUUGGCAAAGUGGAGAGUGUGGCACUUGAAAAUUAUCAGCGUCACAUUGUUUUGAAAGUUGUUGGACAGGUUGAUGUAAUAUCGGAAAAGAUCAUCAAAGACCCUUGGCUUCAUGUGUCCCUGGAUCACUGCAGCUCUCCUGCCACAGAGAACGGCAUGACCUACCUUUGGGAGGAAAACCAUGAUAGGAAGUACAAGCUUCUCUCUCACCAUGUUGACCUAACCUCUGACAUGCACAUGUUCUAUGCUGUAUGUUACCAAAAGAAGAGAUAGAAAUAUGGAUUGAGGUCUAUUUCCAAUCAUUUCAAACCAAAUUCAAAGCAUGCUGGUUGUUAUGAGAUUUUUGUCCGGAAAGAAUUUUUAUCCACCGUUAAUGCUAAAUGACCCUGUGUGUGAAGGGCCACUAUAUUUGAAAGCUAAGAACCUAUACUCCCUUAAGACAGGCUUCUAAAGUCUCUGUUACUGUAGCAUUACACAGCUUUAUUGCAGAGGCGCCACAUGUUUUGUCUCAUUGGUUAUUUUUAUUUCAUCCCAAUAAUGGAUUGAGCCUGUU